AUGCCCAAGGACCGUCAACGUGGUGCCGCCAAGGGCGUUCACCUCGCCAGCGGCAAAUCCAGCGCUGACAAGGCCGUCGAGGAAGUUCCGGAGAAUGCUACACCUGACCAGCUUCGGGAUGCGGCCGUGACGGUGUCCCUGACCGACCUGGAGGAGAGGGUGGCUGAUGUUCGUGAUUCGUGGGAGACGGAGUCAUUGUUUGAAGAUGUCUUUGAAGAGUUGAAUGCCGAUUCAUCCGCGUCUACAUCUGACGACGACGGCACACCCAGAAGCAUCUGCUCGCCGGAAGAGUCGAGCCGUCUGCGUCGAGAGCUGCGCGAGUACGGGCCGGCCGUGUUCUGCGAGCGCACCGUCGACUCCGGACGCUACACGGCCAAGAAGCUUCUGACGGCCUUUGGCCUCAAGCCGCCGGGCUUCCUCGAGGGCGCGCCCGACGAGGACUACCACAACCUGCUGUCGCUAGCCAUGACGCGCGAGCUGUCGAAGCGGGCCAAGCUGCCGCGGUACAACAGCGUGUCGGACGCCGUGGACCUGAUCAGGCGGUCGUCCAACAUCGUGGUACUCACCGGCGCCGGCAUCUCGACGUCCCUGGGCAUCCCCGACUUCCGGUCCAAGGGGACGGGCCUGUACUCCAAGCUGGAGCACCUCGGGCUCAGCGACCCGCAGGAGGUCUUCGACAUCGACGUCUUCAGGGAGGACCCGUCCAUAUUCUACUCGGUGGCCAAGGACAUCGUCCCCGCCACGGACCGCUUCACCCCGACUCACCAGUUCAUCGCCAUGCUGGACCGCCGCCGCAAGCUCCUGACCAACUACUCGCAGAACAUUGAUAACCUCGAGAUCAAGGCCGGCGUCCCGCGCGACCGCCUCAUCCAGUGCCACGGCUCCUUUGGCACCGCCACCUGCGUCCGCUGCGCCCACAGGAUGGACGGCGAGGCCAUCGUCCCGGAUAUCAAGGCCGGCAUCAUCCCCAGGUGUCCACGAUGCAUCCGGCACCUGCGCGCCGCCGUCCGCCCCUCCGUCAAGCGCAAGCGCUCCGCCGACAACACCGGAAGCAAGGAUGCUACCGCCCGUCGUCGUCGUCGUCGUCGCCAUCUCAACGACGACACCGCCUCUGCGGCGAAUACCGACGACGACAGCCGUGAUGACAACAACAAAAACAACAGCAACGACGACGACGACGACGACGACAAUGACGGCGACGAUGACGAUGACGUCCUCGAAUCUGCCGGCGUCAUGAAACCCGACAUCACCUUCUUCGGAGAGGCCCUUCCGGACGACUUCUCCCGCCGUCUGACCGAGCACGACCGCGAUAGGGUGGACCUCGUCAUCGUCAUCGGAACAUCCCUCAAGGUCACUCCCGUCUCCGAGAUCGUCUCCUGGCUCCCCUCGCACAUACCCCAGAUCUACAUAUCCCGCCAGCCAGUGUCCCACAUCAACUUUGACAUUGACCUCCUGGGUGACUGCGACGUCGUCGUCGCCGAACUGUGCCGCCGUCUGGGAUGGGACCUCGAGCACGAGAUGGUCGAUCCUGACGCCACCAUAUCCGUCACCGAGGACGAGGCUUGUGAGUAUCGUCACUUUUUCAAAGAGGAGAAGCUCCAGGAGGCUUGA